GAAAGAGAGCGAGCGGGGGAGGGGGGUUGUCAUCGGUUUCUCAUUCUGAGGUCUGCUGCGUUCAGGGAGCUGGGGGAAGUGGGAAAAACUCAGUUGGUCCUUUAAGAAAGUCGUGGGCUUGGAUCUGGGGACCGCUCCGAACGCUUUCUCUUUUUUCCUCCCCCCGUUACCUCCUAAUUUGGGAUUUGUUUGGGAGCUGGAGAGCACAAAGUCUGAGAGAGUUUCGCCUUGCUGAGAAAGCUCGCUUUGAUCCCGCAGAGUCAGCUUCAGAAUGUCUGAUUCCAAUGUCAAUGCGCAUUUGGAGGGAAUUAUCUCAGACUUUGAAGCACUUAAGAGGUCAUUUGAAGUGGAGGAGGACACAUCCACAAACCCAUCCCCUCUGUCCCGUAGAACGACCAAUCCUCUGCGCUCUGCCACCUCUUCUACGAGCAGCCGUUUCCAUGACAUGAGAUCGCUCAACUCCGAGUCCACCUCCAGGCACGCUUCAGAUUCCUCCUCCAACCAGAGCUCUCCAAAGUCUGGCAUGGGGCGCAUAGAGUUAUCGAGGGCCCGCAUCCCAGAGGCUGUGUCGCGCAGGACUGAGAUCUCCAUCGACAUCUCCUCCAAGCAGGUGGACAGCUCACCCAGUCCCGGUAUCACCCGCUUCGGCUUAAAGAGACCUGAGGUCUCGCUCCAGAGUAAAGCCACAGAUGGGCCUCUUUACAGAAGGGCUGAAGGUAACCACAGCAGACCCCAGGAACCUCCAACACCACCAAGGAGAGCUGACCCACCAAUAUCUGCGUCCCGGAUCCCUGAGGUGUCCCAGAGGCGAGCAGAGCCUCCCAGCCCUCUUGAGAUCUCAGCUCCGACCAGACGGGCGGAGAUGCACAUUAACAGACAGCUGGACACACCGUCUCCUGCACGGGAGUCAGAGAACAGCUUCACCUCCGCAGCCAGCAUCACUCCUAACUUCGAUGAAUACAAAACCCCUCCAGCAGUACAUGAAGCCCCACUAAGGCCUCAAGAGAGUAAGUCACAUGUGCUUUAACAUUGCUAAAUUGCUGUCUGGCUAGAUGCCUGCAUGAUCUGGAUCUGAUAUUUACACUGUGACGUGCACUUGGAGUGUCUGCUGAUGUUUUAUAUUCAGUAGGGUUUAUAAACCUGAGGAAAAGUGUGACCAUUUUACCAAUUUUUCUAGUUAAAUAGAAGCCAGAAGCUGGCAUGGCAUUAAACAUAAAACAACAAAAACACUUUAUAUAGGCUGGUAAUUUUGUUUCUAACCAUAUAAAAUAACCUUAAGAUAGACUUUUUGAUACAGCAAGUUUUUAAUGUUAUUUUUAAAGUAAAAAAAUAUACAUUUUGAAUACUGAAAUAUGAAAUAAUAUAUAAAUGAUAUAUGAUUAUUUUGAAAUAGACUUGUAGGGGGUGGCAAGUCCCUGUCUUAUCAAGUCAGUCAUUGAAUAAUUCACUCAAACAGUCUUUUGUUGUUGUUUGUUUUUUUGUUUUUUUUUGCUCAGAGAGGGAUAAUGAUUUUAAUAUCAUUUUAAUAUGCUUACUCAGACAAUGAAAGCAUAAACACUUUUUCAUAAGUGAGUGACAAAGUCAUCUGGCACAUGAUCAAAACAAAAAUUAUGAUAUUUAGGGCUGCACCAUUAAUCGAACGCGAUGCAUAUUUUUGCCAGUUCUGUGAUUAGUAGUAAAUCUCCAUCACCUGCUUUCAGGUGGAGCAGCAUUUACUACACAGAGUAGUAGUUCUCUGACAAGCUUUUCAAAAAUCACAUUCAUAAUCGCAGACGAUAUAAUUGUAGGAUUAUGAAAUUGUUCGCGAUAAUGACAGCUGUUUGCCUAUCUCCUCAGUGAACUAUGGAUCUGUUUAGUAAAUGCUACUCAGUCUGAGAGAUGUUUUUACUCCAAACUCACUUCAUAACGUCAGUCGAGUGUUUUGAAAUAAAUCCUUCUGUGAGAUGUGGCUUAUUUAAACAGAAUAAAGCACACAAUAUUUCAUUGUAUUCUAAGCAGUGAUAAAGGCUAUGUCGAUUAGCGUUUCAUUAUAGAGAUGCUUUAUUAUGAUGAAAAUUAUAUUAAUAAGUGCUCUGAUAAAACAUAUAUAUCCAUUGUCAUGUGUUUAUUAGUCACACUGUUCAUUGCAGCUAUUUCCUUGAUUUCUUCAUUGGGGCAUAUUCGAAGUUUCAUUGCGAUAACGCCCUCUGGCCCAAUGGAGAUUUACUGCUGAUCACAGAACCAUGCUUCACUGGAAGAUAUGCACGACAAUCGCAGCUUCUGACUAAUGGCGAUUUAUUGCUUUUGCAAUUUAAUUAUGAUUCAUUGUGCAUCCCUAAUAUUAUUGUAGACAAAACAUAUCGUACAUCCCUAUUUUAAGGUUCAAGCUAGAUUUUUCUAUUGUCAACAAAGACCUUUGAACUCCACUUUAUAAAAAGUCAUUUCUUUUGAAAUCGAGGUACAACGAAGCUUUGUGUUUUGAGAAGCAGCGACCCAUGAGAACGUCUUCUUCCUAAGCACACUUCAGGUAGAGCAGUGAUCAAAUCACACAGAAAUCCAGCAUAUGGUAAUGAGAAAAACAGAACCUCCUCAUAGGAAAGAAUGUUGGAGCUGUAUCAUUGAGUGAGGUCAACAGAUCUGAUGUAUUAUUUUAGCACUGGAUCAACGCUGAGAUUAUCAGGAUCCCUCUUAGGCAGUAAAACAAAUAUGAACAGUUUCCAUAUAACCCCCAUCUACUCUCUCUCCACUUAGAUAGACAGGGCGUCAGGCUGUUUAUGUGAUCAAAAUUUGAAGUUGCCGUUUUAAGGUUGAAUGUAGCCCAAGCAAUGGCUAUUCUUGCACUCAUACUGAAAAGGCCUGUUUUUUUGGGACAGUAUUAGUUCUGAGUGCAACACUGGCUCAGAAACCGUAUUCCAAAGUCAUGACUAAAAACUGUGCAUUGAGCCAAUCUGAGAAGAACAGUGAAGCUUUAAAGCACCAAAUAAAGAAACAUUUAUCUAAAUCUUGGACAUGGAUACUGUAGCAGGCUCCGUCUGAAUGAUGACCGAAACUUUACUGAUGAAAUGAUGUUUUAUUAGCGUUUCUUUUUUACUUCAGAGAUCACCAUAAGAGCUAAAUGUACAUUAACAUUAUUAUACCUAUUCAGUGAUUUUUCACAAAUACUUGUUUUUACCUAACAAAGAGUUAAAUGGGGGGAAUAAACUUAUGAACAGUCCUUUCAUGCACGAGUUCUGUUAAGCCGCCAUGAACGCUUGCUCUCUGUACCAUUUUUAAUUAUUAUCUUUUAGCUGUGAAAGUAGAUUCCAUUUCAGAAUAAAAGUCCCCCGCAAAUAAUGCGAUCCUUAGACCAUAUUUUUUUAACAUACAAAAUAUAUCAAAGGCAACACAAAACAAAUCGAGAAAUUAAGGAUUACUCUUAUUAAAGUCUGUUACAGACACGGUAGAUUUUCUCAACCUUCACCCAAAAAGAAAUGUCAUCGUUUACUCACCUUCAUGCCACUCCAAACUCAUGAGACUUUUCAUCUUUGAAACUGUGGCUUAAUCCAAGUCUUCUCUUAGUCACUUUACAUGAUGGAUGGAUUUAAUUUAGACUUAUUUAUUCACACAUAAACAUUCAUCAUUGGAAGCUCAUCCUUAAAACUCACUAGUUCAUGCAUCAAACACGCAUGAUUGGCCUUUUAGUUUUAUUGCAUCAAUGUUUUGGUUGCAUGGCCUUUAAAUGAAGGAACAAAAUAAAUCUCUUGGUUGUUUAUCGGAAGACAAAUGAAAGUCAUUUGGGACGACGUGGGUGAGUAAAUGAUGACAGAUUUCAUUUUCGGGUGAACUGUUCAUUCUCCCAAUACAAAGACUUGCUAUUUCUGGUGCUUAUGUUUUCUAUUUGUUAUCAAGCGCUUCCAUUGCUAAGCAUCUGUUUCUUAUUGGUGUUAUUGUUUCAAGGUGUCCCCCAUCAGAUUCCACAUUUGCAUAUGAAAGAUAUAAGGCUCUGAUUACUUUUAAAGGGGGCCCACUGGCUGCAGGGUAAUUAUAUUAUUUAAAAAAUAUUUAUAUGGGAGUUUGCAGCAGUGACAACAGCAUUCUGUAAACAAACUCACACACUCAUUUUUAGUGAUCCCCUGGUUGUAGUAUCCUAUAUAAUGAAUGGCUCAGUUUAGGCUCCCCCCACAGAAUUUGUACAGUUGAUAUGUUUGACGUGUUCCAUCGAUAUACUGUAAGCGGAAUGCAUUCACUAGUAAAUAACUGCAGCACCAGAAUAUCUUUUUCAACAUGCAGAUUAACAGAAACGCAACACUGCUAUGUGAAAGGACCAGACAACAUUCUGUAACGUCAUACAGUGAGAGUUCAGUAACUUGCUUGGAUGUAAUCUGUGUGUCGUCUGUCUUCCAUAAAUAGUGCUGCUUCAAAGUCUCAAUUUUAAAUCUGGGGAUGGAAGAAUAGGAAUUGUCCUAUUGCUUAAAUGUGAUCAUUUAACCUUAUAUGGCUGUGAUUUAAUUAAUAAAGUGUGAACAUGUCAUGUUUGAAAAUAAAAACACAGUUAGCAAUCACCAAAUAACCCACAUUUAUGCCAACAUGCCGUGUUGUUUGGAUCUACUGAUGUUGAAAAAAAUAAUAAUUAGUGAUUUACAGGUGCACCUCAGAAAAUGUUAAUGUCAUGAUA